UCGGAAUUUCCUCGGAAUAUUCCGACGGAUUGAUAUUUCCUCGGAAUUCCGUCGGGAUAUUCCGAGGAUUUCAUUUUCCGUCGGAAUGUCCGUCAGAAUACCGCUGUUUUCUUGUAGUGAUGCUAGCUAUUAUAUAUAAGCAAACUUGAAAUAUGCUAUUAAGCUAUAUAUAGUUUAUUUUUGUUAAAGCAUUAAGCUAAUUUACAGUUGAUAAAAGCGAGUGUUUAUCACAAAAAUAAUCACCAAGUCAACUACGACCGUGCAUUAUGGACAAAUGUGCAAUAUUCAAAGAUUAUUUAUACAGCUCAAUUAAUUCGAAUCUCACUAUAAACUACUUUUUGGCUUAAUUCGAACCGUAUACCGAAAUUAUAACAAAUAUGUUAUGAAUUAAAGAUGUAAAGUUAAAAAACGUGCCCAGCCAACAAAAAACUAGGUCAUACCAUACCAAAAUACAAUGUAAUAAAUUCAAAACUUUGACAAUUUAGCGUUUUUAAUGGCACCACUCCGCCUCCCAUUCUUCCUUGAACGUAAAGUAACCUUUUACUCUUUUAUUUCACUCAUUUUCAUACAAUAUUUUUACAAAUCACAUACACAAAUCCCACACGUUUAUGCCAACUAUUACUCAAUAUCAUAAUUUAAAAAUUAAUUAAGUUAUCAUGUACUUUAUUCUCCUAACUUAUAUAAAACUGUAAUUUCUUGGAGAGUAACAAAAUAAAACACUUUUUAAAAUCCAUAAGUCUCAUAUCAUUUUUCUCUAACCAUUUAUCUUAUCUACCUCUCUCUUUCUCUCUCUUUCUCCAUGAGCGCUCUUGCUUCUCAUCCUUCUUUAUCACAAAUUCCUCUACAAGGCUAUGAAGAAACACCCUAAGCCGUGUAGUUUCCUCUUCCACAUCUCUCUACUCUCUGUGUUGUUCGUCUUUCUUCUUGUUUCUUUUGCAUUUACAACGUCGUACACGCGUAAAUCAGGCAUUGGUCUCAGUCAUAAGAGAAUUCUAGCAAGUAAUUUUGACUUUACACCGUUUAUCAAGAUCAAAGAUCGAACUCAACGUCAACUUCGAAGUCAAAACCUGGCCGGAGAAGAAACCGGUUCUUGGUAUAACGAUGAGGAACGGCUAGUACCUAGCGGUCCAAACCCUUUGCAUCACUAGCUAAAAUGUCUUCGAUUCUGUAGAUUUUGAUGCUUUGCUUUUGAAUCAAUACAUAUGUUAUUUUAUAUAUUGUGAAGUGUAUUAACCAUUAUAUUUGCUUAAGGUCUUGAUCU